CGAACCUCUUCUGACCUUUGGUUAUCGACGCAUUUCAUGGCCAUGUAGGCAUCGUUGUGCUCGGCCUGCGAGAUGACUCCCUACCCUCCUCUCACCUCUGUACCCCGGCAUAUCACCCUAGAUGAUCCGUCUGAUGCUGGACCUUCGACCCCGACUCGAGCCAUUACCAGCCCCAAAGGGACAACUAUCCUGGACCCGCCUCGACCUUCACCUAUUCUCGCAGCGACGGCUCUGGCUCAGCCUCCGACGCUAGCACCUCAGUACGCAGAAGACUUUACCCCUCUCAAGCUUAGACGGAAACGGUACCAUGCGCCGCCAGCGGGACCUGUACAUGGGGAUUAUACGGUCGGGACGUCAACGGAAGGAUACUACACGGCAGAAGGAGAUCUGUACCGUGGAGCUGUACGAAACCCCAUCAUACCUGCGCAGACGAUCGAAGAGGACGCAGUGACAUUGGGUAGUUCGACUUCCAGCUCAAGUAGCUGGUCAUGGGCCAGUGGUAUCUCUGCGGGAAGACGUGCCAAAGCGGUGAUUGAUCGUGUGGGUGAAGCGUUUCGGAGACGCGGGAGUGGGUCUUCGAGCGAUAGUUCGGACGAUGGACGAUUGAGACGGACUGUGACGAUGAGAAGGAGUCUGACAAUGAGUCGAACGAAAUCGCGUUCGAGACGAUUGAGCAGGACAGGGACCAUCGACAGUGUGGAUGGACCGAGGAGACCACCUCAAAUCAGGAGACGAGAAUUCACGUUGCUCUUGCCUUCUGAUCCGAUCCAGGGAUCAGAACCUUCAGGAUCAAGAGCGGAUACGCCAAGACCGUCCAUCUCAUCUAAAGAUGCCUCUGAACGCGUCAUCACGACCCCUUCGCUGCCCGUGGUAUUGGAUCAUCUUCGAUCUAUUCGAGCCGUCAAUCAACUGUCGAAAGCCCGUCGUCCCAAAUUUCGUCAAGCCGCGACGUUUGUCAAUCCCCCUGUACCUAGGAUACCAAGGGGUCGUUCGAGACUACAAGUGCUGAGGGAUCAAUCGAUGCCAGAAUUGCCUCGACGACCCAAGAGCGUGUCUGAUAUCAUCGGCAUGAGCAGCUCGACGACCAGCUUGACGGGCUUGUCCACACCUGAGCCCGAAAAGAAAGGGUGUUGGUGGUUGGACGUGGCGUGUCCUACCUGGGACGAUCUGAGGGAUCUGGGCGAAGUUCUCGGUCUUCACCCAUUGACUCUGGAGGAUAUCCUUCAACAAGAUCCAAGAGAGAAACUCGACACGUUUGAUUCGCUAGGAUACUACUUUCUCGUCGUUCGAGCUCUAGAUGAGCAGUAUUUCAAGUACACCCCUGGGACGUUAGACGCCGAUUCGCUUGGCAAGACGGUUGAGGACAUGCAGCUUGAGGCGCAGAAAGAGGGUCUAGGGCCACCGCAGCUCGGUGGUAGUAGACGUCGGAGAUGGAUGCGCCCGGGGAAAAAGGAGGACGAGAGGGAAAAGGUCGAGAUCAUCGAGGAUCAUCCUGGAAAAGAGGGAUUGGAAGGAGUCGGAGUCGGUGCACAUAAUGUCUACUUGAUCGUCUUCAGUGACGGUAUCAUCAGUUUUCACUUUGACGACAUCUCAAAGCACACCAAACGUGUCCUCGGCCGGGUCCUCUCCAAUGCCUCGGCUCAAGCACCGGGCAGCGAUUGGAUAGCUCAUGGAAUACUGGACAGCAUUGUCGAUCAGUUCCUCCCUCUGGCAAGAUACGUCGACAACGAAGUAGACGACUUGGAUAGCUUGACAAUCGAUCCAACGUCUGAUCCGAAAUCUUUCUUGCCGAGACUGCCACCUGUCAUCCCUCGAUCUUCAGAGACGCUGAACGACCUCGACGAAAAGGAAUACGAUGAAAAGACAGGGAUCAAAAUAUCGUAUCCACCCGCUAGGUCGUAUUUGCCCAGUCUUCCUCACUGGUCACUACGCGUUCCGCUCCCUCUCAUCUACCUCAAGUUGUUUUUCCUGCCUGUAGUCGACGCCGUCCCAAGAGCCAAGCCAGUGGAUGUCAGAGUCGUCGAGCGAGUGGACAUUUUAAACAGAAUCACCGACACGCGAAAGCUCGUCACGGGUCUGACCCGCACACUGGGGCAAAAGCAUAUUGUCGUGUCAAAGCUGCGUAAGAGAGCGGUGGAGAUCGGAGACGGUGUCGAAGCGUACAUUGGGGACGUGGAGGACCAUAUCUUGUUGCUUCAAAACUCUCUCUUCCACGCUGAAUAUAUCCUCGCCGGUGCCCAACCAGCUUACAUGGCGUAUCUGAGUGUGGCUUCAAAGAUUGCACGAGGUGAAACAGAUGAUGGGGUACUUGGAUUGUCGGUCGUGGCGAUCGGAAUCCUAUUGCCAAUGCUGGUGAUUGGGUGCUGUUCUAUGAACGUAUCUUUACCGCAUAACGGCGAGUACCAAGGUGUCCUGAACAAUCAUAUUGAACCAAAUGGAGGAAUCGCUCCGUUCAACUAUUUUUACGGAGUCUGUUCAGCGGUCGUACUGCUCUCCUGCGUCGUGGUGAUAUUGAUCCGAUAUUGGAGAUGGCAAGCGAGAGUGAAGCGAGCCCACAUGCGGGGAGCGGACCUGCCUCCUACCUGGCGAGGAUUCUGGGGCUGGGAGUAGGAAAGCCGGGGUUGUCGAUUCAUGGUUCCACAUACUUUACACAAACCUUUCAUGAGCAUGUCUGCUCCGUCAUAUCAUGAUAUCGAGCACAAGGUGGGCGUGUGCACCCGACGCAUGUCACCAUAUAUGCAUGGUUUCUUGGG